AUGCAAUUCUUAAAGACAAUUUCUUUGGCUAUCAUUUCCACUCUUGUCUCGUCUGCUGUGGGAGGACCUAUUAGAAAAUUUGGUAACGACUCCAAACAGUGCACUGAUUCAAGCUUCUACCACACCCUGAACACUACUUUCAUUACCAACUCUACUUCUACUCGGUUUAACUCAAGCAGCUUAGAGCCCACUGAGCCAUCAACUACUGUCACUGUGGAAACCUCAGCAUCUUCAUCAGAGCAAACUCCAGUUGAAUCGUCUAGUGGUUCUGAAACUACAGGAAGAGGAACAUUCUAUAACGUCAGUGCUGAUGCGUGUGGAACUUCCCAUACCAAUGCGGAUGAUGUUGUCGCCAUUGCUCAAAGCUUAUAUGAGUCCCUUGGAGUCAGCAAUGAGUACGUAAGUACAGCUUGCGGAAGAUACAUCAAUGCUAGCUACGGUGGAAAAAGUGUGAGAGUCCAAGUAGUCGACGCAUGCGCCUCCUGUUCCGAGAAUGAUCUUGAUUUUUCGCCUUCAGCUUUCCAAAAGUUGGCUGACCCAGAACUUGGAGUGAUCCAAGUUACUUGGUCCUUUGAAUAG